AUGGCCAGCAAUUCCAAAAAAGAGAAUUUGAGGAGUCAGUAUAGAGUGCUUCUCUAUCUUGGCAAGGGUGCAUUUGGCACUGUGAAUUUGGCCUCUCACCUGAAAACCAAUGCCCUGGUUGCCAUAAAAUCGGUAGAGAUCACCAAGAAGAACAUCGGCACUAUCCUGUCAGAAAGAGCAACACUGGAGACACUAAACCAUCCUUACAUCAUCCGCCUCUUCCAGGUAAUAACAACAUCAAGCCACAUUCACUUUCUAAUGGAGUAUGCUCCGGGAGGAAGCUUAUUUGAAUUAAUAAAGGAGAAAGGCCCACUGCAGGAGAAAGAGGCAAGGAAAGUAUUUGGUCAGGUUGUGGCAGCCAUAAAGUACUGCCACAACCUUGGCAUUAUCCAUCGAGACAUUUCACCUGAAAAUAUACUGAGAGAUGCAGAGGGCAAUGUCAAGUUGUCAGACUUUGGGCUGGCCAUCAAGUGGAGACCUGGCAGCUUACUCAAACAGAAGUGUGGGAGAAGGGGCUUUGAGGCCCCAGAGCUGGUACUAGAGGAGCCGUAUGAUGGCAGGAAGACAGACGUGUGGAGUUUGGGUGUAACACUGUAUUUUGUCACCACUGGGUACUACCCCUUCACAGGAAACACCAUGAAGGAGAUGGAGAAUAAGAUCAUCAUGGGGACCUAUAAAAUUCCACCUAACUUCUCUGCACAACUUGAAAACCUAAUUCACCAGCUCUUCACGGUUUCCCCAGAGAUGAGGCCCUCUAUUGAAGACAUUGAGAGACAUCCAUGGAUAAGGAAGUGUGACAUAAAUAUACCAACUGAU